AAAUGCAGCAGCUAAUAUCCUCACCCACCUCCUUUGGCCCUCACAAGAAAACAUAACAACACUAACACUAAUUUCCCUCCCCUCUCCUUCCACAAAUGGAGAAUUCCCCAUCUCAUCCUUCUUCUCUUCAAUGUCCUCCUUCAACCCUUUCUCCCCUCCACCACCCACCCCUUACCUCACCAACCUCGGCUUCGGCUACUCCAUCGCCAUCGCCCUCGGCGUCCUCUUCCUCCUCUCCACCCUCAUCCUCUCCUCCUACCUCUGCUGCCGCACCCUCCGCCACCGCAACAACAACCGCCACACCCCCCGUAACAACACCUCCGAUGGCAUCGUCCUCCCGCGCGUGAUCUUCGUCGCCGAGGACGACGACGAUGACGCCACCCGCCAGAACGACGCCGUCACCGGCCUCGACCAGGCCGUAAUAAACUCCUACCCCAAGUUUCCUUACGUUAAGGAAGGUGAUUACGACAGCACCUGCUCGAUCUGUCUGUGCGAGUACAAGGAUUCGGAGAUGCUGAGGAUGAUGCCAGAGUGUCGACACUACUUUCACUUGUGUUGUCUCGACCCGUGGCUCAAGCUUAACGGGUCAUGCCCCGUUUGCCGGAACUCUCCCAUGCCAACGCCGCUGUCGACGCCGCUGCAGGAGGUCGUGCCGCUCUCACAGUACGCCGAUGCCAGGGCGAGGAGGUGAAUUCGAAUUUUCUUCUCCGGUGUGGCUCGGGUUGCUGGGUUCAGUGGGAAAAGCAUAAAGGACAAAACUUAGAUCAGUUAUUUACAUGUUUUUGCAUGCUGUUAUUAUCCCAUCAAAAUUGGAGUUUUACCUUUAAUAGUUACUGGUUAGUUUUACUCAGAUUAUCCAAGUAAAACUUCAGUUUUUGACGAGAGAACAGCGGUAAAAACACUUGAAUAAUUGUAUUUAAGUUCUUUGUAAGUGUAAAUCUUCUCCCGUGAUGGUUGAUGAUGGGGAGUUUCUGUUUUUUGAUUAUGUGGUUGUAUGGUGUCAGCAAGCGUGUUGCUGGUUACUGAAUUAUUAUUGGUAAUGCACUGAAAGUCUGAAACUAUGCAGAAUGUCACUUUUAGGGGAAAUUGUCCGCGACUUCGUUUUGUUAGUACCAUGAUUUGACAUUGGAUAUAAUGGAUGGUAGUACUAUUAUUUUUA